CAGGUCUUUAGAGACAUACGUAGAACAAGUUACUCGGUACUGGAAAAAAAAUCGUUCGAAUUCAGAAAAGGAGUUUUUUUUGUGUGUUAAUGAAGAUUAAAAGAAAACAAAUCCAGAAAGGAACGCGAUAUUUUUUCCUAAAGCCACCAAAUCGGAAAGCAGUGUGAAUGUUAUUGGCCGACUGUCUUGGGCAGGCGAAAGCUGUCACACUGAAGGAAGGGAAAUUGUGCCUUUUCUUUUCAGAAUGUCCUCCUGUAUGUUUCAGUACUGUGCUCAAGCGCAAUAAGUAGGUUGAUAGCUUUUAUCAUUUUUCGUUAACAAAAGAGGCAGGGAAAGUACAUAAGGCUGCUAUGCGUUUACACCGUGUAUUGCAAACGUAACACAUGUACUGUAGGUUAUUCAAAAUUUCUUGAAAGAUACGGCGGAGACGGCUUUCAAGCACUCGCAUUCUCAAACGUCGUCUUAAGCUUCUGCUUGAUUUUUGUAGCACCUAGGUAUUACAUUUCUUAGAGUUUUUUUAACUUGUUUUUUUAAGGAAGGUGGGGGUAAGCGGGCAAGUCAUUAAUGUUGAACGCCGGCGUCGAUGAGACAGCCAGACAACCACAACUUCGCAUUAAAACCAGGUGCCUGAUGGUUUUGAAAGUCGUGAGGCUCAACCUCUCCAUUGACAAGGCUGAACUGUGCCAGGUUAUAGCUCCGCGGAAAAGGAUCACGAGCACCUGAAGUACUGUACGCCUUCCCAAGUCCGGCAUUUAUUGCCAGUGUCCGCUGCUAGGAUGCCCAUAUUUCUGCUACUUCUUCAGUGCCAGUUUCCUUCCAUUGUCCCAAAACCUGCUGCCCAGGUGUAGGUGGCUCCAAAACUCUGUCCCAGCUGACAGCAGGAGACUAAGUGAAAGCAGAAGGGAUUCCAAAUGGCCAACUAUACAUACACAAAUGCCUCUCAAGGCAAUGACACAGGUUUCAUACUUCCAGAAAGCCCCUACAAGACAGUGGAGGUUGUUUUUAUUGUUCUCGUGGCAGGAUCACUUAGUCUGGUCACAGUUAUUGGGAAUAUCCUGGUCAUGGUUUCCAUUAAGGUAAACAGGAACUUGCAAACUGUCAACAACUACUUCCUCUUCAGUCUGGCUUGUGCUGACCUUAUCAUUGGAGUUUGUUCCAUGAAUCUGUACACAGUAUACACUGUCAUUGGCUACUGGCCCCUUGGGCCUGUUGUCUGUGAUCUGUGGUUAGCCCUCGAUUACGUGGUCAGCAAUGCCUCAGUAAUGAACCUGCUCAUCAUCAGUUUUGACCGCUAUUUUUGUGUCACUAAGCCUCUCAGCUACCCAGUUAAGAGAACCACAAAGAUGGCUGGUAUGAUGAUUGCUGCAGCCUGGGUCCUGUCUUUUAUCCUCUGGGCUCCAGCUAUUCUGUUCUGGCAAUUCAUAGUUGGGGGGCGAACUGUACCUGAAAGAGAGUGUUACAUCCAAUUUUUCUCCAAUGCUGCAGUCACCUUCGGCACAGCCAUCGCAGCUUUUUACCUGCCUGUCAUCAUUAUGAUGGUUCUCUACUGGCAGAUCUCCAUGGCCAGCAAAAGCCGCAUAAAGAAGGAUCAUAGGAAACCUUCUGGCAACCAGGAGGCUUUCUCCCCAAGUUUGGUGCGGGGACAAAUUGUCAAACCCAACAACAAUAAUGUGAAUGCAGAGGAAGUAGAAAGGGAGCAGGUCCUGAAUCAGAAUCAGAAUCAACACCUGGCCAACCAACAUGACGGAAAGCUUCAAAAUGGUAAAGCCCCUUCUACAACAGGAGAAGAUGGAGGUAUGGAGACCUGUGGCCAAGGGGAAGAGAAGGAGAGCUCCAAUGAUUCCACCUCAGUUAGUGCUGUGGCUUCCAACCUGAAGGAUGAGGAGUCAGUGUUGCCUGCUAAGGAUUUGGGUACAACACCCAGCCAAGCCCCUGCCCGCCAUCGUGCCAAGGCUGAAGGAUCCAAACUCACUUGUAUCAAAAUUGUGACAAAAUCCCCAAAGGGAGACUGCUAUGCCACAUCCAACACUACAGUUGAAAUUAUCCCAGGUGUGGAGAAGCAGAACCUAGUAGCUCGUAAAAUUGUGAAGAUGACAAAGCAACCCCCAAAGAAGAAGAAAACACCCCCAUCACGGGAAAAAAAGGUUACUCGGACAAUCCUUGCCAUUCUAUUGGCUUUUAUUGUGACCUGGACUCCCUACAAUGUCAUGGUUCUCAUCAACACUUUCUGCUCCAGCUGUGUUCCUAACACUGUCUGGACUAUUGGCUACUGGCUCUGCUACAUCAAUAGCACCAUCAACCCUGCUUGCUAUGCUCUCUGUAAUGCCACCUUCAAAAAGACAUUCAAACACCUCCUUCUCUGUCAGUACAAGAAUAUUGGAGCAGCCAGAUGAAAAAAAAAAGUUUUUUUUUCUUUUUUCAAUUACUUUUCUAUGUUAACAAAUCUUAUUGUAGCACUUUACACAAAUGCAACUGCAACCAAGCGAGAAGACAUGAGUUGGUAAUUUCUUAUAUGUCAUGUGAAGAAAACAAUUGCGUUUUUAGAUAUUAAGUUUGCAGAUGGACAGAAAAAGCACUGAAUAAGGGAGAGAUGAGAAGUUAUCUCAGAGAAGUUAUCUGCAUGCCAUACCUGACCAUAUACAAACACAAAGCACAGAAAAUAAAACAUACAUGUUAACAAAUUAAGCAAACUAAAGCAUAUAUAUAGUUAACUAGGUACAGAACUGAACUGUUGCUCAUAUUCAUAUUAUUUGCCAUUAAAAUUCACAUAGGCACACAGAGACAAACAGAGAAACACACACACAAACAUGCAUAUUGACAACUUUCUCAGAAACUGUAAAGAACAUAACUAAAAAGUCUUCAAACUUGAAAAAAGGAAGUGCUUCUGUGCUACUAAAUACAACACACAUUUUAAGGGAAAAUAGGGCUGACUGAAAUGACAAACAGUGUUUGUAUUUCAGUAUAAAACAAAUGAAAUACCUGUAUAUAUAGUAUUUGUCAAAAAUAAUGUAAAGACUUUACUCAUAAAACUAUGAAUGGAAGAUGAGUAAGAAAGUGAGGAAACUGGGAUGAAGUCUUUGAAGAGACGCACACAGGAGGGAUUUUCUUUCUUUAUUCCCUGUGAUUGUGUCACACUUGCAGCCAGUGUGGUGGGGAACAUAGUAGCUUAUGUGUCUGUGUGUAUGUACAGUAUAUGCUUUUGACAGCAAGUGGCCCAAGCAAGUUCCUUCUGGUUUGUCCUCUACAAAAGAGUCUCUACCAUAGUUUUAUGCUCUGUCAUUAAUGGAAUAUCUUUCCUUUACUAUCUCUAGUGAGGCUUGAUUCACCAUAACUUGACUAUUUGUUGAAUAUUUAUACCCAGCACCUCACUACCAAGGCCACAUGCAAUGCAAUACUUAGCCAUUUUCCACAUGACAUUCUGUUAACUUGGCUGAUCCACAUUUUAGAAUGGUUUUGCUACAAAUACAGUACAUUAUAAAUAUAAUUAUAAUAUUAAGCACAGCUUUAUUUUAGUACUGUGACAAGCUAUUAUUCAUUAGGAUUCACAACACCCAAGAAUUCAAUGUAAUUAAAAUGUUUAUUGAGUGUUUUAGUCAAAGUAAAUAUUGGCUUAACCCUCUUGACUGAGGAUCAGCCUCCUGGCCGCAGGAAGUGGAGACUAAGACUCCCAUGUGGCGUGAGAUGUGACCCAAAAGGGCCUGCAAAGGUGGAUAUGGAGUGGAAGAGGGGUGCAAAAGACAAAUGUGAGGAAAGAAAAGGCAUAUAUGUAUGGUAUUUAUCAUUUCUAAGGUGAGGUAAUGACAUUAAGGAAUGAUUAUGAUUCAGGGCAGCUGAGGCUGUUUGAACUUGGCUGUUGUCAUCCUUCCUGCACUCGUUAUAAACUCCAUUAAGGGAUUCUCUUAUUGUUUAUGAAAUAUGUAAAGUGCUUAAUUGUGACAUUGUCUGAAAAAAAGAAACAAAUUGUUUUUUUCUCAAAGAAAAGAAAGUUCUCCAAAAUAGCUGCAACGUGGUAUAGAGCAUCUUUUAUAGUAUUGCCUUUAGGCUGCUUGUCACCCACUAUAAAGGUGUAUCAUUAACCAGCCCACAGUAACACUACAGCCAGUUUGUGGCUAGGCUGGCAUUAAUGUUCCAGUACCAAGAUUAAUAUUCAUUAUAACAAAACUCUCCUGGUUGAGUUGUAAACCAUGGCCUCCUUCAAAAAGUAGACAAACCUUUUAUACUAAAGUAUUAAUACUCACUCAAUACUAAACUGUAUAGUCACUUACAGUAAAUACCAAAUGAGCAAGAUUUGAGCAAGAUUUCAACCUCCUCUCAUUUGAAACUUUCUUACUUUUAUAGCAACUAGUGUUUUACUCAUAUAAAAGUAAAAAAAGUAUUUCAAAAUAUGAAAAUUUAAAACAAUAUUAAAAUAUAGUUUUAAAUAUCGGAUAUCUUAUUUUUUUGCUUUAAAUACUUAUCUGAAACCUUUGAAAGCUACAGCUCCUGGCUGUCAAGGGACUAUAACUGAACAUGGAUAUUAAGAGGAAAAAAAACAUGCAGUAUAAAAGUCCUAUGUAUUUCUUUUGUCUGGCAGGAGAAAAUAUGAAAUCACAUGUUACCAUUCUUUGGAGAUAGAACAUCUCCUGCUAGACUAUAUGACAUUAAUUAAAGUGAUGUUGAGCAAGAUAGUGAAAUAAAAUGAUUUUCAGCAUUGCUAUUUUUUUAGAAUUGAUCCUACUGCUGUAUACCACCUUACCUGUUCAAUUUUAAAACAAAAUCAGAGAACAUGUUUACAGUAUGUGUUGAAAUAGAUAUUUCUCAUGCAUGCUACAAAAUAAAUACAAAGAAAUGCAUGGCUUGUACCAGAAAGUAAUCAUAAAAAUCCAUAUAAUAGUUUUUUUAAACACAAGUCUGUCAUUGUGCAUUCUGGAGUAAGCUUUCUUUAAAAAGUGAGCUAGAGAUGCUAUCAAAUUACAGAAAUAGUUCUUUUUAGGUACAUGCCAUGCUGCUAACACAGUUACAUUUACAGAGACUUAAAUGAGUAAGAUUACGACCUCUCCAAGAACACCUACAAUUACAUCUAGAACUACAAUCUAGAAUAUUAUUA